UCUGGCCUCUUGCCGCCUCUGCUUUCCAUGGCCCUCUGCCAGGGUCUGCUCCCCUGUUGCUCUCUCUGGGUCCGUGUGUCCCCCUCCAAUCCCCCUCACUCAUGCGUCCUGAGACCCUGUUCCCUCUUGUCCCCACUGGGCAGGGCUCCUGCCCCCGGUUGCCCUGCCAGGCUGGGGGGAGGGUUGGGGUGUGGGUUCCCAGCAUAGCUGGGCCCUUAAGUUUCCCAGAAAGCCAUCUUCCCCCCCUCCCCCCAGCGCACACAUUGUUCCGCCGUCUGGCUGUUUUUUCCUGUCCAGGACCCUCCAAGGCCAGGCGAGGGCUGACUGGCAGUGACUAUUGCCCUGCCCUCUGCAGCUGGGGAAACUGAGUCGUGGGGGGGUUAUGUUAAGGGGGUAGAAUUCCUUGUGUGUCUUUCCCCAGCCUAGCUUGGGACUUGGAGGUGAGGGAUGGAGGGGGGGACGAGGAGGGGGGGUGUCCUACCCUAGGGCUGCAGGGCCUCCCUGCCUCCCUGCUUUACAGAGAUGGCCUCAAGAGGCCCCAGUGACAGCUCCCCAGGGGCUGUGUUCACCCUCUGCUGCAGGUGCGGCGUCUACACUUGACCCUUUCCCAUUGCCUUGUGCACCGAGUUCCUGGUCCCCCAGGACGCUGUCCACAGGACCCGGAUCGCCUAUGCCUCCGUGACUUUGCACGGCCCGGCUACACCUGCUUCGGUACUGCUGGAGCCCUGGGCCUGGCGGCGCGUCACACUAUUCAUCUUCCAGGAUGGUGUCCUGGCUGUGCUGGGGCCCAGACUCCCUUUGUUCACAACCCGAGGUGGUCCCGCCCGCACCCCGCAUUUCCUAACCCAAGAAGGAGCCUGGCCCAUGAGACCUCAUGGUCCCCAAGGGUUGAGGUUGAGGUCGCAGGAACCCAGCGCCUCCCUGCCCCCACCCCUUUCCUGGAAGCCCUAAGCUGUGUCAAGCACUAGCAGGUGUCAGCUGCCCCGCCCCUCUUCCCUCCGCCUUAAAGGGGUCCCUCUCCCGAGGCCUCCCACGGUCAUAGCUCUGCCGGGUGACCGCACCCGUGAGGGCUCGGAGGCCAAGGAGUAGGACGUGGGAGUCCAGGUUCUAAGCUUACCUUCUGGCGUGGUGUGGCCUCCUCGACUCUUGGCCUCAGUUUUCCCCGCCUGAGCAGUGGGGACUGGCCCUGAUUCCUGGCGCCCAAGCGGGACUCCGGGGGCCUAUCUGACUCGGGAAGGGGGCGGAGCUUCACCCCGGAGGGGCCGCUUCGCGCAUGGGUUUUAAGGACCACUCCCGGCCCCAUCCCACGAUGACUUCCCACAUCCUCCUGUUGCUUCUCGCCUCCUCGGUUCUGGGGGACCCGGACUCCUUGGGCAGGCAGCCCCAGCACCAGGUCGCCCAGCACCGUAGGCGCCUCUGUUCCCUGGGCACAUGCCAGACCCACCGCCUGCCAGAGAUGAUAUACUGGCUCCGCUCCGCCUCCACCAAGGAGCUCUCAGGGAAGGCCGGCCGCGAGCCCCAGGACCCCCACAGCUACGGGCGCCGCCGUCGGCGCGAGGCCCGAGGCCUGCUCGGUCUCCAGGACCCUGGCCUGAAGAAAAGAGGCCAGGGCAGUGCCCAGCUUUCUGGGUGACAUUGGGCUCGUCCCUGGCCCUCCCCUGGACUCAGCUUACCCAUCUGUGUAUUGGGGCCACGGCCCCAAGUUUCUUUUCCCCUAACUCCAUCUCCUGGGCUCACUCAAAAACUCUCCCCGCGCUGUGACUGGGCUGGACCCGGGGGCACACUGGACCU